AGAAAGAGCGAGCACACGCGGUGGGCAGAGACGGCGGCGGCGGCGAGCAGGGGUGAGUGCGGUGUGGAUGUGGGAGCGCAGGGUGUUUGCGAAGGGGUCCAGCAGGAGGAGAUCGGCGGGCAGCGGGCGGCGGCGGCGGCGGCGGCGAGGUGCGAUGGCGAGGCACAGCGGCACAGGCAGCACGCGCGCGAGAGAGAGAGGCCAGAUGCGGCCGCUGCUGCCAGGAGAAGGCCGCCCGUGUGCUGCUCUCGUGCCGCGUCGCAGCGAGCAGCGCCGCAGCAGCACAGCCUCGCGUCUCUCUGCUGCGCUGCGCCUGUCUCGCCCUCUGCCGCUUGGCGUCACCUCGCCGCGCCGUUCGCGGUCCGCCCGCGCGAGGUGCAGCACGCAGCGCGGCAGGCGGCAGCGGCGCCCGCUCGUGGUCCAGCGAUCGUCGCCAUGCGGCAGCAUGCAGCUGCAUGUGCCUGCGCAGCGCUGCAGCAUCGCGCGGGCCCUUGGCGAGCGGACAGACGCAGGUGCAGAGGCACGGCGGCUGUCGCCGCGGUGGCCCGCAGACAAAGUAUAGGGGCUGCGCGCUGCCGAGCGCCGCACGCAGCAGCAGGCGCAUGGGAGCGUCCUCAAGGGCUCAAGGGGUGCUCGAGAGGGAUGCCCGCGCUGCCGGUGCCGGUUGCCGAGAUGGCCGACUGCGGCGCCAGUGCAGGGUGCAGACGGCACAGCACGGCGGCAGCCAGAAGGCGUCGGCCGAGCACCUGGGCUGGACAAGAGGAUGCCGUCGUGGCAACAGACUGUCGCCUGCCUCGUUGAGCCCCCUGAGGACGCAGCGUCUGGCACAGAGCCCUACUUGCUCACACGGGACCGCCGAUGGCUCGACCGGCUGCAUGCUGGAGCUCAGCUGCGCCUGCGCUUCGUCGAAGAGGCGAAGAGACACGCGAGAAAGGGCCGAGCGCUGCGCGUCAGGUUUGCGUGGUGCGAAGCAGACAUGGGAGAGAGCGUUGCGUCGCCGUAGCGUCGAUGCAUCUGGCCACCUCCGCUUGCUUAAGACCGUCGUCGUCGCCACAAGAUCAAGCACGCGCGAAGGUUCUCGAGCGCUUCGAGCGCCUCAAGCAUCCAUGGGUUCCUGAGGCCGUCCGAGUCGGAGAGGCCUCACGAGUUGGCCCUCGGCUGCGGAUGCCUGCUCCGUCCUGCGAGAAGCUGUCG